AUGAAAGAGCAGCUUCGGGUUCUCAUGGCUCCUUUGGAGAUCGCUGCGCCGUUGCCCGGCCGUCUCCCAGCAAUGUCGCUUAAGGGCAUCUGCCAUUUGCAGGCAAAGGUAAAUUGCGGGCCCUACAUGUUGUCCGUGGCUCCCUGGAAUAUUAGAUAUCAGCCUGUACUGAGCGUACUGUUGCAGCGCGAAGCACGGGAUACGCGGUCUCUUGCAACCAGCUCUGAAUGCAUCUUAUUCAUAUUGGGCACCACAUACGUAGACUGGCAGAACUUGGUUUCACGAGAUCUAUUAUCAAGCACCCAAUAA